AUGAGCGAGACCAGCUAUUCGGCUCUAUCCUACGUGUGGGGAGAUGUCUCAGACACAAUCGAGAUCAACCUGAAUAACUCUUCCUUCAAAAUCGGUCGAAAUCUCCACGCUGGACUCGCGCAGCUACGAGAAAAUGGCAUGCAUGACUGGCUGUGGGUCGACUCAAUAUGCAUUCAGCAGUCUGAUCUCGAUGAAAAGAGCUAUCAAGUCGGCCUUAUGGGAGCCAUAUUUAGCAAUGCAGAUUGCGUAUACUCUUGGUUGGGCCCAGGCUCAAAUGGGAGUGACGCAGCGAUGGACUUUAUCUCUCGCAUAGGCCCAACAGCCCUGAAGCUUGCGGUAUUGGAUUUGCUGCCCAGGGAUGACAGGGUCAUUGAUUACCUCAAUAACCCAGCUUCCUACAAGGAUUAUACAGGGACAGAUGGUGAUGUAUUGGAAUAUGCUCGCUUUAUACACGAUGUCCUCCACGAGCCAGAUCUCCGAGGCAAAGAUCAUGAUGACGAGGGCGUUGCCGCCGGAAUGCAGGGACUGAUGGAAAGAGAUUACUGGCACCGGAUCUGGAUCAAUCAAGAAGUUGCUCUUGCGAAAGAGGUCGUCAUCGUGUGUGGCACCAAAACUAUGCCAUUGAGUAUGCUUGAAGCCACUCUGGAAGUCGUGGAUUAUUGCUACACUGGCUAUCGUUUUCACAGCCCCGAAACGAGAGACUUUGGCAGGGGCUUGCACAGUAACUUUUCCCACAAUUUGGCUAUGGAAAUACGCACCCAGAAGCUUCGGGGGGACAAGAUACCUCUAGACAGCCUCCUCUUCAACGGCAUGGCCCCUCCAGAUCGUCCAUUUUACUCGGCUACGGACCCGAGAGAUAUUGUUUUUGGACUACUGGGCGUCACUACGGACAACGAUCGUCUGGGUAUUCGUGUAGACUACAGAGCGAGCAUGGCUGAAGUUUUCACUGCCACGACGAGAGCGUUUAUCGAGAACAAUGACAGGUUCUGGGGGGCGUUCAAGCUCGACAGCUGCGUUCCAAAAGAGGAGGGGGUUGAUGACUUGCCUUCUUGGGUGCCCGACUGGCGAGAGAUGGGGACAAAUGGCAUCACAGAAGAUGCAAUCAACGUAUCCAUGUUAUUCGAUGCGGCCCCGCCAAUUCCGGUGCCUCUUGUCACUCGGACCAGCUCCGACGACAGCCUCGGAAUUCUUCGUUGCUAUGGGAGUCGAGUUGAUCUCAUCACCGAAGUCUUGCAACCACACAAAGAAAUCCAUGACACAGACCACCUAGCUAUGAAUCGCGCAAACUCUGAGUCAAGGCUACAGUCGAUUUGUGGUUUCAUGAAUCUUGGAACUGAGACUGGCCCUGGAGAGGACUACAUAUGGCGAGUUCUUCUGGCACCUCAUUGGUACAGGAGAAUAAACGCCUCCAUGAGCGAAGAUACUGCAGCUUUGGUCCGCAAAGUCAUGCGCCGGAGUUCCAUUGAUGCUGGUACCUUGACUUCAGAACAAACAAAAUUUAUCCAAGAUCUGCGAGAUUUCUGGAACAAGCCCCCAAAGCUCGACGACUUUUCGGCACAGCUUGCAAAUGCUCGCAAGAGACUUCAGGAAAACGAGAGGGAUCUUAAUCACAAGAGGACUCUCUUCAAGACAACUAAGAGCAUGCUUGGGCUUGGAUAUAAGAUGGUUCGACCUGGUGAUUUGGUUACUCUGAUCUGGGGACUAGGGUCGCCGAUUAUCUUGCGCCCGCGAGAUGGCGGGGGGUUUACCUUUGUGGGGGAUGCGUAUGUGGAUGGGAUUAUGCAUGGGGAGUUUAAAGAAUAUUUAUUAGCUAAGUCAACCCGAGAGUAUCUAUUAGAUCAGACCUUUACGGAGUUUAGAGAGGAGUUUGAGAUUCACUGA